GGCUGCUGUGGCUCCGAUGUGAAGCAUUACGUGUUCGGCGGCUGGGCCUGGGCUUGGUGGUGCGUUACUGACACCCAAAGGAUUUCCCUAGAGAUAAUGACGUUACAGCCCAGGUGUGAGGACGUAGAGACGGCGGAGGGGGUAGCUUUAACUGUCACAGGUGUGGCACAGGUGAAGAUAAUGACCGAGAAGGAGCUCCUAGCUGUGGCCUGUGAGCAGUUCUUGGGGAAGAAUGUGCAGGAUGUGAAGAAUGUGGUCCUCCAGACGCUCGAGGGGCAUCUGCGCUCCAUCCUAGGUACCCUGACAGUGGAGCAGAUCUACCAGGACAGGGAUCAGUUUGCCAAGCUGGUGCGGGAGGUGGCAGCUCCCGACGUGGGCCGCAUGGGUAUCGAGAUCCUGAGCUUCACCAUCAAGGAUGUCUAUGAUAAAGUGGAUUACUUGAGCUCCCUGGGAAAGACUCAGACUGCAGCUGUCCGGAGGGAUGCAGACAUCGGCGUGGCAGAAGCCGAGCGAGAUGCCGGCAUUCGGGAGGCACAGUGCAAGAAAGAAAUGCUGGAUGUCAAGUUCAUGGCAGAUACCAAAAUAGCAGAUUCCAGACGGGCUUUUGAAUUGCAGAAAGCUGCCUUCACUGAAGAGGUCAACGUGAAGACUGCAGAAGCCCAGCUGGCCUACGAGCUCCAGAGUGCCCGGGAGCAGCAAAAGAUUCGCCAGGAGGAAAUUGAAAUCGAGGUGGUGCAACGCAAGAAGCAGAUCGACGUCGAAGAGAAAGAGAUCAUCCGGAUGGAGAAGGAGCUGAUAGCCACUGUGAAGCGGCCGGCCGAGGCCGAAGCGUACCGUAUCCAGCAGAUCGCCGAGGGCGAGAAGGUGAAGCAAGUCCUCAUGGCUCAGGCGGAGGCAGAAAAGAUCCGCAAGAUCGGAGAAGCUGAAGCUUUUGUGAUUGAGGCCAUCGGGAUGGCAGAGGCUGAGAGGAUGAAGCUGAAAGCUGAAGCGCUCCAGAAGUACGGAGAGGCUGCCCAGCUCGCUCUAGUGCUGGAUGCGUUGCCUGAGAUCGCUGCCAAAGUGUCUGCUCCCCUCUCCAAAGUGGAUGAGAUUGUUAUUCUCAGCGGAGAGAGCAGCAGCACAACGUCUGAGGUGAACCGUCUGCUGGCUGAGAUCCCUGCCUCCGUGCGUGCCAUCACUGGCGUGGAUCUCACCAAGAUUCCCCUGAUCCAGAAAGCCACCGGCGCCCAGGCGUGAGGCUGAACCCAAAGCUAGAGAUCGCUCCCUGUUAUGCACUCCGACAUCAACUGCCUUCAACACGUGGGAAUUCCUUUUAUAUCAAAGACAAUUGGAGUUUUAUUUUU